AUGUUUGCCCAACGCAUUGUGUUGCUGGCUGUCAUUUUCCUUCUCUGGGAGAUCAAUGCUGCCGUAGCCCGCCGACAAGCCGACCAAGUCACCGACGCAAACCGGAACCUCCGCACAGCCGAUCAGAACCAAGCUGCGUCGGAGCGGCUGCUGUGGUCCUACGACUCGAAAGACGAUGAGAGGAGAUGGGGCUGGCCUGGCGACAACAGCUCCGCCGCCUCAAAGUGGUUCACAGCUAUCGCCAAGUACCGAAAAGCGAAGAAGACAAACUUCUGGUAUCCGGAUGACUUCAUUUACGCGAAGUUGCGGGAGACACACUCGGAAGCAGAUAUAGCGGUGCUUUGCCAAAAACUCAUGAACACCUCGAAGGCGAAGAAGGUCGCGAAGACCCUGCAGCAUCACCUGUUUCAGGCAUGGAAUAACCGAGGUAUGAGGUUGGAAGACGUCGCAGACCUGUUGGGCGUUCUUGUUUCGACGACGAACUCCGUGCGAUCUGGCAUUCUGGUGGACUAUCAGCUGAAACUUACCGGAGAGGCCGUCAAUCGCGUUCGUCAUGGAUAA